UUCGUUGUUAUUGUCAAUUCAUUGUCACACUCUCACUUUCUCCUCACUCUUACACUGACCAUUUCUCUGUCUUCACUCUGUUUCUUCUCCAUUCCCCAUCAUCCAAAUCAGUGUUCAACUUUUCCACUUCUUUUCCUUUUUCUCCCUUUUCUUUCCCUUUGUUGCUUCACAACACUUUCCCCCACAAACUCACAUGCUUGGUGGCCUAUAUAAUUAUCACAGUCUUCAGGGAUUUUGAGUAGUCAUGGAGAAUUUUAGGUUUGGUGCUUUUUUGAGGAGUAAAAGGUUGGAGAGCUUCUCGAGCACAAACUCUGAGAAGAGGGUGGUAGAAACUCAAAAAGUUUCCGUAAAAGAUGAAUCUGAACAAAGGCAUGUGAUGGAUGUUUUUGUGAAUGAUGAUGAUGGGUGGAUUCCUGUGAUCAUAUCUUGGAUCAGAAUUGUGAUUUGUUUUGUUUCUAUGAUGGUCACAACGUUUAUCUGGGCUUUGAUCAUGCUUGUGCUUAUACCAUGGCCUUGUGAGAGGAUUAGGCAAGGAAACAUUUAUGGGCAUGUGACUGGUAGAAUGUUGAUGUGGAUUCUUGGGAAUCCUAUAAAAAUUGAAGGUGCUGAGUACUCUAACAAGCGGGCCAUUUACAUCAGCAAUCAUGCAUCUCCAAUUGACAUAUUUUUGAUAAUGUGGUUGACUCCAACUGGUACCGUUGGAAUUGCAAAGAAGGAGAUAAUAUGGUAUCCUCUAUUUGGCCAACUUUAUGUUUUGGCCAAUCAUCUUCGAAUUGACCGGUCCAAUUCAAUUGCCGCUAUUCAGUCCAUGAAAGAGGCAGCUCGUGCAGUUGUGAAGAACAAUCUGUCACUGAUCAUUUUUCCAGAGGGCACAAGGUCUAAAAGUGGAAGACUACUGCCUUUCAAAAAAGGUUUUGUUCAUUUGGCACUGCAAUCGCGUCUUCCCAUAGUUCCAAUGGUGCUAACAGGUACUCAUCUGGCAUGGAGAAAAGGAAGCUUACAUGUUCGACCAGCACCACUUAGUGUCAAGUAUCUUCCUCCUAUAAGCACUGAAAAUUGGACACUUAGAAACAUUGAUAACUAUGUCAACAUGCUACAUAACUUGUAUGCACAAAACCUUCCCAAGUCUCAGAGACCUUUGCUUUAAAAGCUUGAGUUAUUCCCUAUUCAAUCUUAGCUGAGUUAUCUGUUGCUUAUAUGAUAUAUAUAUAUAGAAUGAGGUUCUUGUAUGUAAUCAAGUCUUGAAACAAAUUAACAGCUGUAAUAUGUAGAAAUCAUUUCAGUUCCUAACUCAAUACAUACAUUGCUGAAUUAAACGUUUGGCCAUAAUGUUGGUUAAUAUUGAUUUUUGUAUAAAUUCAUGCAUUGAUAAUGUA